AUGUCAGAAACUCCCGACACACUGAUUAGUCUUGAAGAGUUAGAAACUAUGUUUAAGGAUAGGUAUACGGACAAGGAUGUUAAUUAUCAAAACUACUUGUCGAAUGCCAAUGUACCACCCCCUGUCAUACCUCAUUGGGAUGAAAUAAAUCGGGAAAGAUUCAAUCAUCGGGAUCGGAGAAAUGAUAACUACAGAUUUCAGAGAAACAACUUCCGACGUAACAGUUUGGAUUAA